AAUGAAAGUCAUCUGCUAGCCUCGAGCGCAGCUUAAACGAGAUAGUGCACUGUUACUCGGGUUUCAAAAGUUUUGCGCAAUUUUCUCGUUGAUAGUCUCUGUGUUGUUACUUGAUAGUUCUUUCUCGUCAAAUCCUCCCCCCAUUGAGAUCCGUUCUUCACAAAAUUCGAAUUUGAUAAUCUUAAGUUAACAUUCCUCAAAAUCAGAAAUGCCCACUACCAAAACACUUGGUUGCUUACCAUUUUUCGCCAAAGGCAUUGUUGUCAAAGGAUUCGGUAGAGGUUCAAAAGAAUUGGGAAUUCCAACCGCAAACUACAUGAGUGAAGUAGUUGAUACUCUACCAAGUGAUAUGGAAACUGGGAUAUAUUACGGCUAUGCAAAAGUUGAUGGUGGUCCAGUUUACAAGAUGGUAAUGAGCAUUGGCUGGAAUCCUUAUUACAAGAAUGUAAAAAAAUCAAUGGAAACCCACAUAUUACAUAAUUUUGAAAGUGAUUUUUAUGGCAGUUUGCUCAAGACAUGCAUAAUAAAUUACAUUAGACCAGAACAAUCAUAUGAGUCUUUAGAUGCCUUAAUAGAUGCCAUUAAAUCUGAUAUAGCUUAUGCUGAUACCCAGUUAGAUCUGCCUGAAUAUAGUGACCUUCAGAAACAUUCCUUCUUCAGUGUAGAAAAACCUCAAGAUAUUAGCAGUGGCAAUCUAACAUUUCCUGGAAGUAGUUUAUAAUUUGGAUUUCUGUAGUUGAUCUUACCAAUAUUUAGGGUUAUAAAUGGAUUAAAUUAAUAUUUAUUUUAAGGGUUGUUUGUAGUUAUAAGUAUCAAUGUUUAUAGUUUUGGUAGGCAAAUCAUUGACAGUUAUAAUAUGAUCAAUAAUGUGACAAAUUACCUUGAAAUCAACCAAAAAUGUUUGUUACUUAUUUUUAUAUUGAUCUACAUGACAAACUGAGUAGCCAUCAACUAGCAACAGAUUUUUUCAAACAGAACACAGGAAGAGGUAGAGUUGAUAUAAUUUCUCUAUCGUCUUCAAAAAUAGGCUCGUAAGGAGGUUCCAAAUAACCAUCAACCUUAGGUAAUCUGAGUUCCGGAAAAGUUGACCAAUGACGGAUCAUACAUCGAACUGGGGUAGUUUCUAAGUUAUUGAUCUGUAAAAGAAAUGGAUAUCAUUACUAUUGUUUCGUGAAAUAUACAAGAGCAUUUGUUUUACCGUCA